UAGCAGGGGGGGCCAUCAGAAAGUCUCAUGAUGUGGCAUGCUGGCUUGCAAAGAUUAGCAUGCUUUGUGAGCGGGGAAUGAAGGCUGACAGCGCCAUCAAAUCAUGGAAUAGUGAGGCAACGCGUGAAAGUCAGUUGACAGGACAGAAGAGAGUAGCUUUGCUGGCCUUGCUGCAAGCACAUGCAGGGACAAAGGAACUCCUGCUGGCACACUCCAGCUUCUUUGGAUCUUCAUCAGCGUUCAGUGAGGAGUGCUUUGCAGCCAAGAAUCUAUUCCCGGGCUAUACGCCCAGAUCCAUCCUGGACAAGCAAUGGCGUUCCCGCCUCACGAUGACUGAGGCAGGUUUCUUGCUCUUCUUGCGCUACACAGAUGCCAGUCAUCACCAGAAGUUGGUUGAAACCCGUGGCAAGCUCAGCAAAGAGAGGAUUUCAGAGCUAUGCCAACUUGCCCAGCUAGUGGUGUCGGUUGAGGCAGAGUUGCAGGAGGGAGGGGUGAUCACCAGCAGGGUGACAGAAGCUUUGUUGGCAUGCGAUGGCAAUUUGGAGCUAGAGCUUCAGGUGGCUUUGAGUGAAAAGAGCACCAAGUGGAAACCUGCUGAUUUGGGCCUAGUCCAGGAAGUUCUCAAAGAGCAUUCCGCUACUUCAGAUGCCAAGUUCUUUGUGGAGAAACGUGUGGUGGCAGCUGGAGAGCUUGAGCGGGAGGAGUUUGACUUGAUGAAGAAGAUGUUUGAGCAUGAUAUCAAAGCCUUUGAGAACUGGAAGGUCCGUUGCCGCGACAGAGAUUCUGCAAUCUACCACGCGGAAUUGCAGCACAAGGUGCAGCGUCAGUCUGAGGCCCAAAAGCAGGCCCAAAGUUUGUUUGAUCUUUCAUCGGGGCAUUGGAUCGCAUCUCUGGAGAUCCUUGGCACAGCCAACGAGGUUUUGCAGCGAGUCAAGGCCGCACUUGGCAAGAUUCAGACAAGCUUUCAACUGCGGCAAGAGGAGAUCUAUGUUCUGGCGGUCUGCAGCUGGAGCUCUCCGAGCUUGGUUAGCUCUGCUGCUCAGAAAGCCCAAGCCACAGCAAUUGGGGCACUUGGCAACGAUGCUGGUUCCAAUGG